CAGUGGUGAGAGGACGCUUGCACUGCGUCUGCGUGUCGUCUCCCAACUGAAACCUUUGGAACAUACUUUAGCAACGUCUUUCCUACUCGCGUACACUGAGUGAUGUGCUAGAUUUCGAAAUACUUACUGGAAGUGAUAACAAGUACUGUGUCGAUUUAGUGUGAAACUAUGAUUUAAAGAGAUUCCAUUAUUUUCACCUUGCUGUACUGAUAGUGUAGUUUUGCGAGAUGCUGGGUCCUGCGGGAAUGCCUCGCGCUGCCCAUACCGUGACCUGGUCAGACCGGGAGGUGAGCAUUUUAUCCCCACCUGUGCCACACAUCCUCGUUGGAGUUGAAGGAUCGGCUUUAUCUCGUUUGGACAGAUACUUCGAUCCACAGCCUCCGCCACGUCCAGCCAAGCCCGUGGGCCUUCUCCCGAAAUCAAGCACGAUCCAGACAAACAAAUCGAGCCCACCAUCGCAGCAAACCCAACCCUCAAGCGGUAGUAGUCAGCCUCUGAUCGAUGGGGCUGCUUGCAAGACGUCAACAUGGACCUACAAACAGGUAACUUCUGCAAGAAAUUCUGGCAUAUCUGAUAUCGAAAAGGGGGCCAGGUUUCGCCCCGAAAGGCGCGAAAGGAGACCCGUGCAGAAAUUACAAUGGCGAGAAAGUGCUUGGUCCAGGGGAUUUACUACAUCCAAGGAUGAUUAUCUUGAUCUGGACACUCGAAACACCUCAUCCUCUUCAGCUGAUGGGUCUCCAAGGCAUGCUAUUAAGCGGAUCCUCUUGCUGACAGAGAAUUACCAAUACAGAGAUGCAGCUUCUUUUAUCAAUCGUCUGCCUGCUGCUACUUUUAAGGUCAUCAUUUCGGAUCUACCAAUUGAAGUACUAGUCGACGCUAUGCCCCAUUCUCUCCCUAUCGUAGAAGCUCUUUAUUGUAAGGUAGGGGAAACGGCACCUGUGGUAGUAGGAUGCACUGGUAUCCUUCGUCCUGAGGCCGUUGUCUGGCAGAUGGUACGAUUCUUUGCCCAGCAAGAGGAAUGCUUAACAGGCGACAUUCGCUGGGAAUUCUGUGGUCCAUUCGUCACGUCUUGUAAGAAAGUCUUGCGCAUCAUAUCACGAUCUGAGCCAAAAAUUCGUAAGAUCCUUCAGCAGAGAAGGAAGCAGUUGGAUAAGGCCAUCGAAGGUAUGGGGCACCACGGUCUGGUGGGUACCUCUGACGAAUCCCUUCAGAGUCUGCAUGACGCCUUGAAGUUAGAAUUCGAGAAAGUAGUUAAAUCCUACACUCACGCCCUGGAAAAGCUGGAAGAACUGAGUCUCAGUAACAAGGCCUCACUGCAGAGGAGCAUCAGCCACGGCCCUGCUCCUGUCCAAGCUUCUCAUCAACGCCAGCUUUCAAUCACACAGGAAGAAGUUCAACAGAGACUCAUAAAGAACAAGACACUUCUGAAUGUUGUUGAGCCGACACUUGGAAACCACUCUCUCGAUGUCCUUCUCGGUAUCCUUCAGCGAAGGAUCGAGUAUGACAAGGAAACGCUCUUCCAGUUCACACAGUUGAGGAAGGAAGCGAAAGAGGUCGAUGGAAAUGCAGUCAUCGCCCCAAUCCUCAUGCGUUACAAGCACGGCUGCGAACAGGUCCUGGAGAUGCUGAAGGAGGCCAUGGAAGAGGACGGAGGGGGUCCUGCAGGAGAUGAGGACGAGGGCAGCGACGUCAGUGGCUACCACAGCGAUUCUGACUCGGCCAUCAUGAUGUCAGGGAAUUCCCCUUACGUCAGCAAGCACGCAAGAUUCAAUUUCCUCACCAGAUCAGUUCGUGAUCGCUCCCGUGUGGGUCUAAGGUCCUCCCUGCCCUUCUCCACAAUGGGCCUACCAUCUGGGGCAUCAUCUUCUGGUGUAUCUUCUGGGUCUUCAGACACACAGAGCCAGGGCAGCGGUGGCGACUCAAAGAGCGACUCCCCAACACCCGAAGGAUCGAGAAAGAACGGCGAAGCGUCGUCCAGCUCUUCGUCAUCGUCAUCUUCAGGAGUAGUUUCCGGCGUCAGCCUCCGGUGCGCAAAGGGACACGAAUUGCCUGUAACGGCUGGUGCCAGGGAAUCGGCUGCCCUCCGACAGGAGGUCGAGACCCUGAGAGCAGAGAUCACAAAAGCUCGCCAGACUAUCCUUCAUAUGCAGGAAAGGGAGAAGAAACUGAAGGACAGGUUGGGUGACAGAGCUUCUCGUGGCGUUGAAAGAGGCACUGGAAGAAUCGAGAACCUUAACCUGGGCGAACGUCGUCCUUCUGCUCUGGUGAGGCGAUACGGCAACCUGUACGCCCAGGCCAGAGUUGACACCUUGGACUCUCUGGAUGCCCUUCCAGACCUCAAGAAUGCUGAAGAGCUCAAAUCUAAGCUCCUGUUUAGUGUAGUUGUGCUGGCUUUCCGAUCUGCUGCAUCGUCAGCAUCUACGCUUAAAGAAGAAGUACGCCGUGUCAUGCAGAUGCCACCACCUCCAUGCCAUGGAGACGGGCACGAUCAUCAAGCAGCUUUCGAUACCCAGUCACAUGCCUUAGAGUUGGCUAUUUCAUCUUACGUCACUGCAACUAUUGAUAAGCAUGAUUUGACCAAGAAUGUUGACGAGGUGUGCCAGCAAAUAUGGGCCACACUAUAUGACUACCCAACGCUGAAGACUUGCGAGGGGCUUCUCCAGUACAUAAAGGACUGCGUCCGCCUGGCUUGGGGCCUCAGCAACCAGACACCGCCUUACGUCAUUGACUACGAAACCCGAACCUUCAAGAAGGAAUGCCACGUCCGCUUCCACACAGCGGAUCCAGACAAUGAUGUCAUCAAAACGUACUUGUGGCCAGCGCUGCUAGAAGGGCCUGGUGGUGCGUGCGUUCAGAAAGGUGUUGUGGUCACUUAAAGGAGGCAAGACGGAGAGGGCGUCUCUUCUGCGGUGGAAGAGUUCCUAAUCUCUGGUUUGGAUUCGGUCUUCAUUGAUCGUGAUUCGCUGGCCCCCACCGACCUACUGUACAUAUAUCCCGCUGUAUAUAGUAUCAUGUUUUGUAUGAUAACGUGUGGUAGCUUUUCUGAGCAAGCUAUCUUCGAUGUCCAGUGGAAUAACGAAUCUAUUUUUAUGUAUGAUUAAAUUAUUAUUAAAUUAAUAAUACAUCAAAUUGAUUUUAUGGUAUUUAGACCACAAAAUUUCGCGCCAUCAAAGGCCACCGGAAGAAGUUUCCUUUGCGAUUUAGCGAUUAAAGAUUUUUUUUCGGAAAAAAACUUUUAUUGUAACUUAAUUCUUAAUAUCUAUUUUCAUUCAAAUUGCAUUUUUAUAAUAAUUCCAUGAAUUUUCAAGAUCAAGACAAAUCAUUUUUCCUUGUUUUAUCAGUUAACUUCCUUUUAUUACACAGUAUUUUUCUUAUUUCAUAGUUUUUGAUAAACAUGCGGGAAACAAGCCUCAAAGCAUUUUCAUAUUUUCAAAGAUGAAACUCAUUUCGGAUUUCUGUGGACUAAAUAUAUUGGUCUUAGUACAAAGCAACCAAAUUUCAAUUGAAGCAACUCGUUUAAGGAUGAACUAAAAGGACUUCUGAUGUACAUAGUAAUGAACCCUGUACAGGUAUCAUUAUACAGAUAUUAGGAUUAGGCGACUCUUUGUAUAAUAACUAUGAUUCUUUGUGUAUAGUAAGGUUUUGAGUUCUUGUUUUAUUAUAUGUGCAUAGUAAGGUUCUUCUCAUUUUGUAUUAGUACUGUGCAAAUGGGCUGGGUAAUAAAAUAAAUAAUUUUAACGAGAAAAGUUAUGGAAAAUCUCAAACCAAUGUGAAUAUCCAUUUCAAGUAUUACAGACAUUUACCCAAAAUAAUUCCAUUAUAAUAUUCUUUCUCUGGGAGUCUCCCAUUUAUUGAUUUUCCUCAUCGUACCCUUCCAAUAUUUGCACCUGGUUCACAGAAGCGUUUUCCAGUGUAUUCUGCGUGAAUAUACCCCAUUUAAGCGCUGCCAACACGGAAGAUAUUCAGCCUGUAUACUUUUGAUGGCACCUGAUCCACGGUACCCCUUUCAAAUUCUCUGUGACCUUACCGUGGGCGGUUUUUUAAAAUGCCAAAACUGUUUCUAGUAUUAUCUCUUGUCCUUAUGUUUUGUAUUACUUCUAGUUUUAUUUAUUCAGGCAACUCACUCUCUAUAUCGUUAUGUGAACUGGUCCGUCUGUUCUUCCCGUUUACGUCUAUUCUGAUAAAUUCUGCCUUUAUACUGUAAUAAAGAAUUAUUAUCCUGUCAGAGGGUUGGUAGAUUAGAUCUAUUCUGAGAAGCUUCCAGCUCAGAAAAUUCGCGCAGACAAGAUGGAUUCAGGCCCACCGUUAGAGAGAACGUGUUGCUUAUCAUUAUUUCAGUUUUACGACCUUCAUCCAUUUCUCAUUAUUUAAAAUCCCAUCCUCAUAGCUUUAACGUCUUCUCUCCCUCAAGCUCUGCAAGCGAUUGAAUUGUACCAAUUCAUUUUUGUUGUUCUGCAGGGCUUGCACAUGAUAUUCAUCUAUAGGUGUUAUUUGGUUAAAUUUUUUGUUCUAAUGUUCAUGUAAAAAUCUAUUUUACGACUCUUCGUUAUGCUUACAGAUACUCAAUAAUGACACCGUGAGUUGGUAUAUCAUACGUAACAAAAUGCUACCAGUAUAUAAAGAGAUUUUUACCUGUUUCCAUUUCAUGAAAUGUUGUUUUUUUUAUACUACGUUUUGACAUAUGUGUCACUUGUCGACGUGUCUUAGGAAAGACACACUUGUGUCUUUCCUCAUCAGUACUUACAAUACUCUUUAUAAUAAUCCUUUACCUGUACAUAUUUAUAUUUUUAUAUAAUUUUAUGUCGUGGAAAUAUUGUACAUCUAUACUUAAGCAUCUACUUUUAAGACUUUAUGCCCAAUUAUGAAAGUAUUAUUUGUCUUUAAAAUAUAUGUUUAUUUUAUGUUAGUGUGAACUCGAAAGCCUGACAUGGACUGGAAUUUGUAGAUAGGUGCUGGAGGAUCGUUCUUUGAAGUAAGAAGCCCUUUGAUUGAAAUUAACCUGCUGCUUAUAAAUGAUAAAAAAACAAAUCUAGCGCUUUGUUAUUUAAUCCGAGACACAGGCCACGCCCCAAGGUUGACAUAGAUGCCAUUUACCUAUGGAUAGAAUGCUUUUCACACGUUAAAGAUUUCUUUCUGGAAAUAUCUAGCACCUGCAUCAUUCCUGGGAGGCGGUCUUCGUGUCUUGGCAUGAAAUAAAAGCCAGUAAUAUUAUUUCAGUAAUAAACAGGAUUUUCCUCUCAAUGCUUAUGAUUGAUUUAUAUAAGCCCAUGUCACAUGACUUUCGAUGAAACAUUCUAAAUACCUUAAUAAAAGGGGAAAUAAUCGAAGCGCGGUUGAUGCAAUUGGUAUUUUGCGUAUUUUCAUAUUAUAUACUAUUAAAGCCUAUCUACCUAACACCGCAGAUAAGCAUUUCCAGCAAAAGAGGGUAUUGUAUCCGAUGUCCCUUCCCUUUUGGCUUUCUUAUUAAAAGAAAACUGUGUCCUUAGUUGUAAGACGAGUGCCAUGCUGUAAUAUGGUGUAACCAUGAAGAAUUCUAAUGUAAAUUAUAUAUAGCAAUAAAGGUGAUUAACAAUGAUUAA